AUGAAUGAAUUGAUUGCCCCGUUUUUAACUCUAAGUAUGAUAUGUUUGAUGUGGUUAAAUUUUUGUCAAUUUUUAAAAAAACAUAAAGUUAUUUCAAGUACAGGUAUAAUUUAUGUUUUAGUAUGGAGAAUAUUUCCACAAUUUAAUUGGUAUUCAAGAAUAGUUGUUGGAUUAGUUCCAUUGAUAAUUAGUUUUCAAUAUGCAUUGAUUGGAUUAGGAAUUAUUAAUGAUCAAAAGACAGUAGAAUCAAUGAGUAGAUCAGGAUCACCAAGAGAACUUUUAUUAGGACCACUUUCAUAUGGAAUUAUCAUAUCAUUAUUAACAAUGAUUUUCUGGUUCUCCCCAAUUUCAAUCAUUACAAUUGGAGUAUUAUGUUUAGGUGAUGGAUUUGCCGCGAUAUUCGGUUUAAAAUAUGGCACUAAAAGAAUACCUUACAAUAGAGAAAAGACAUUAAUUGGUUCAUUGGCAUUCUUUAUUUGUUCAUUCAUUGGUACUUUUAUAUUAUUAACUUUACUUCAAGAUAGAUUAUUAUAUCCUUCAAUAGUUUUAGCACCAUCAUUAUUUUGGGUUUGUUUAAUUUCAACACUAAUCGAAUCUUUACCACUUCGUGAUUGGGAUAAUAUAACCAUUUCAAUUUGUUCUGUUUUAACUUUAAAUUUAAUGGGUUAUUAA